UCGCCGCGGCUGCUGCUGUGCUGCACUCCGGCUGGUAGCUGCGGCCCUUGAAUGGGGGUGUCGGGCUGACUCCGGGAUCCACCUCCCUCUUCCAGGAGCUACACACAGAUAAGCAAAUCCUGACAUUUGCUUUUGGUCCAUUAUUGUGCAAGCAUGGAGGCCCCACUGGUGAGUUUGGAUGAAGAAUUUGAGGAUCUUCGGUCCUGCUGUUCGGAGGAACAGGAGGAGAAACCUCGGUGUUUCUAUGGCUCAUCUCCUCAUCAUUUAGAGGAUCCCUCCCUCUCCGAGCUUGAGAAUUUUUCUUCUGAAAUCAUAAGCUUCAAGUCCAUGGAGGACCUUGUAAAUGAAUUUGAUGAGAAGCUCAAUGUCUGCUUUCGAAACUACAAUGCCAAGACUGAGAACUUGGCUCCCGUGAAGAACCAGCUACAGAUCCAGGAGGAGGAGGAGACACUACAGGAUGAGGAGGUUUGGGAUGCUCUGACAGACAAUUACAUCCCUUCUCUACCAGAAGACUGGAGGGGCCCAAACAUCGAAGCUCUGAAUGGCAACGGCUCUGACAUUGAGAUCCAUGACAAAGAGGAGGAAGAGUUCAAUGAGAGAAGUGAAAAUGAUUCUGGUAUCAAUGAGGAACCUCUACUCACAGCAGAUCAGGUAAUUGAGGAGAUUGAGGAAAUGAUGCAGAACUCCCCAGACCCUGAGGAGGAAAAGGAGGUUCUGAAAGAAGAGGAUGGGAGAGAAACCUCCUCCCAGGCAGACUCGGUGCUCCUGCAGGAAAUGCAGGCCUUGACCCAGACCUUCAACAACAACUGGGCCUAUGAAGGACUGAGGUACAUGUCAGGAUCAGAGCUGACUGAGCUGCUGGAUCAGGUGGAGGGGACCAUCCGCGACCUCUCUGAGGAGCUGGUGCAACAGCUGGCCCACCGGGAUGAGCUGGAGUUUGAGAAGGAAGUGAAGAACUCCUUCAUCACUGUGCUUAUUGAGGUUCAGAACAAGCAGAAGGAGCAGCGAGAGCUAAUGAAAAAGAGGCGGAAAGAGAAGGGUCUGAGCUUGCAGAAUAGCCGAAUAGAGAAGGGAAGCCAGAUGCCUCUCAAGCGCUUCAGCAUGGAAGGCAUCUCCAACAUUCUGCAAAGCAGCAUCCGCCAGACCUUUGGCUCCUCAGGGACCGACAAGCAGUAUCUGAACACAGUCAUCCCGUAUGAGAAGAAAGCUGCUCCUCCGUCAGUAGAAGAUCUACAGAUGCUGACAAACAUUCUCUGUGCCAUGAAGGAAGACAAUGAGAAGGUGCCUACUUUACUAACGGAUUACAUUUUAAAAGUGCUCUGUCCUACCUAACCUUGCUCUUUGGAGCAUCCUCGCUGCAGGAGGUCACCGAGCAAGAGUCAUUCCAUUACAGGGACUGCAUGACACCACGUAACCUCCAACAUGUAUUUAAACAUGUAUAGCUUAACCUGGAUUAACCUGAGCAGUGCGGGUCCUUUGCUGUUGGCUUCUAGUCCUAGUAAUCAUUGGAUGCAUGACAGAGGGCGGGGCUGGUGAGGGUACCUCCUUUCUACUUAUAUUGAGGAGAGCAGAUGCUUUCACCACUCAUGUAGUCUGACUCCAGCCCUUAAGCUUGGCUUACAUUCUAUUAAUAAUAAUAAUUUUGAAAUAAACCUUCAUUUAAUUAACAUUC